AUGGAUCCAAGCACUGUUCCUAAUGACGAGGUGCUGAUCAGUGGGUGGCUCAACACUUCAAAGGAUUCGAUUGUUGCAAAUGAGCAGAGGUCGGGGGCCUUCUGGAUACGGGUUGGUAAGUAUUAUGCAGAGAGUGUCCAUGGAAGAGAGGAUGGUGUGAGAGAGCACGGUUGUUGCAAGAAGAGGUGGCACAGAAUCAAUGAUGAUGUUAACAAGUUCUGUGGCGCAUACUCGGCAGCUCAGCGCCAAAUUAGCAGUGGUGAGUCUGACACAGACGUUCUGAAGAAGGCGCAUGAAAUUUUCUUCUCUGAUCAAGAGCACAAGUUCACACUUGAACAUGCUUGGUGUGUGUUGAGGUUUGAACAGAAGUGGCUCAGCCUUAACACACCCAAAGCUGGUGGCGUUUCAAAGAGGAAGAAUGUGCAGACAGAUUCCCAAACUUCUACCAACGAAGGCUUCGUUGAUGUUGAGAGCAGGCCCGAAGGUGUCAAGGCUGCUAAGGCUAAAAGAAAUACAGGUAAAGGGAAGUCCGUCGCUGAGAUUGCAACAGUUUGGGAAAUGAAGAAGAACGAUUUGGUGAGGAAGGAGAGACUGUCGAGGCUAGCAAUAUUAGACACUCUCCUCACCAAGCCUGUUCCAUUGACUGAGAGGGAAGAAUCUGCGAUGAAUAAGCUCCUAGCCGAGUUAUUCUGA